AUUACCUUAAUUAUAAUAUUAAUAUUUUUAAUUUUUAUUUUUUUUUAUUUUUUUUAUUUUUUAUAAUUUUAUUUUAUUUUAUUUUUAUUUUUUAUUAAUUAUUUUUUAAUAAUUUAAAUUUAAAUUAUAAAUAUACAUAUUCUAAUUUAAUUUGAUUUAAAAAAUAAUAAUUAAUCUAUUAAAAUCAAAAAUAAUAACAAAUUUAAUUUUAUUUUAUAUUUUUUUUUUUUACCACAAAAUCCAACUUCAUAGUUUUUUUUUAUUUUUUAUUUUUACUUUAUUUCAACAAACCAAAUAUAUAAAUAAGUUUUAUAUAUAUAUAAAUCUAAACUUUAAAAAUUUUUUAAUUAAUAUUUUCAAAAAUUUAAAACAUGUCUUCAUCAGUUCACCCAGGAGAUAAAUCCUCAACUUCAAACACAGCAAAUAUGAAUGAACCAGGUAAAAGAGCUAAUGAAACAGACCUUCAAAAUGAUGCUAAAAAAUUAAAGACAGAUUUAAAUGAAACUGCUCACCAUCUUGCUGAAGGUACUACUCAUGCCUUAAAUGCUACUAAAGAUGCCACAUUGAACGCUUUAAAUGCCACUAAAGAUGCAACUGCAAAUGCUUUAAAUGCAACUGCAACUGCAUUUAACAAUGGUCUACACUAUGUAUCAGAAUCAAUACAACCAGCUCUUGAAAAGACAAAAGAAAUGGGUGCAAAUGCUGCCACUGUUGUCACUGAAGGUGUAGAAAAUCUAAAGAAGAAAACAGAAGAAAUAAUGCACGUCACUAAAGAGAAUACAGAAGAAACAGUUAAGAAAUGUGAACAUUGGACAGCUGAGCAAAAGAAUGCAGUAUGUGAUAAAUGUGCUGAACUCUCCAAAGAUGCCAAAGAAACUGCCCACAAUGCUGCUGAAGCUACAAAGAAAGCAACCAAUGAAGCUGGUGAAAAGUUAAAUGAAGCAGCUAAAGAUGCAAAAGAAAAAACACAUGAAGCUGGUGAAAAAUUAAAUGAAGCAGCUAAAGAUGCAAAAGAAAAAACAACAGAGUUGGCCGAAGAAGCCAAAGAAAAAACCAAUGAAUUAGCUAAAGAUGCUAAGGAAACUGCAGAUGAAACUAUAAAGAAAUGUGAACAUUGGACUGCUGAACAAAAGGAUGCAGUAUGUGAAAAAUGUAAUGAAGUUGCCCAUGAUACAAAAGAUGCCAUUGAUCAUGCAGCUGAAGCUACCAAAGACUCUGUAAAUAAUGCUAAUGAAAAAAUCCAAAAGAAAGGUAGAGGAAGACCUAAGAAAAACUCUAACUAAACUCUAACCUUACAAAAAAACAAUCAAUAAAAACCUAAUUUAAUUUUUUUUUUUUU